AUGCUGUUGGAACGUAAAGGUGGCAUUACAAGAGAGUAUUUCAAUUCCCUGGUUUCUGUACCGGAGGGGUUUUUGGAUCAUUUAGAUUUUACAACUUUCUGUAUGGCACCACAGCAUACAGGGUCACCUUACACACCUCCAGUGCGAACACCGCCACAGGCUUCGAUGGUUCCACCGACACAGCUACUAGCGACUGAGUCACCGCAGAGUUCGAUAGCUCAGCCUACGCAGUUAUCUGCUACUCCCUCGCUGCGAAUAUUACCAGCUCCAGAGGCGCAUAUGCCUAUGGUCGGGUAUCCUCGCGUACCUCAGCAACAGGGGCAAGUGGUACUGAAUCAAGCAGCCCCGCCGCAGAGUGCGCCACCAGCACCGCCACCACAGAUGCAAGCAGCCCCACUGGCACAGAUGCCAGUGGCCCCGCCACCACAUGCGUUGCCACAGAUGUCAGUGGCCCCGCCGCCACAUGCGCCGCCACAGAUGCCAGCGGUACCACCAUUGCAACCAGCAGCGGUCCCAUCAUACCAGAUGGCAAUGGCGCCGUCAUCAAAGGUCCCCUCACCUCGGCAUGCACCAACCAAUCCGGUGCAAGGGUUAUCACCAGCGUUGCAGCCAGCACCGUCUCGGUCAUGGGUGGUCCCACCACAUCAGUCCACAAUGCAUCUGCCACCCCAGAGCCCCACCGCCAGCCAGUCAUCGGUGAAGGCAUCAAUGAAUAAGACUACUGGCCGCUCCAGGCAAAUGGGUUCACAGUCAUUGAUCCACAUGGGUUCGCUCCCCAAGACCAUUAACUUUGAUGGCCGAGGGAGCUGGAGAGGAUUUUACCUCAAGUUCAUGGCCUAUGCAGACGAGCUGGGCUGGUCUUCCAUUCAGAGGAAAUAUCAGAUGUGGUGGUGCAUGAAGGAUGUAGGAAGUGAUUACUUCUCGCUCCUAAUGUCGCGUGAUAGAGACAUGUCCUUUGAAGACCUUGUGAGGAGAAUGGAGCGUCGUUUCGGCGCUGAUGACCCUCUGGAAAUAGCUCAAAUGGAGUUCAUGCUGGCGCAUCAGCUGGCUGAGGAAGGAAUCAUUUAA